AUGGCAGUUGGUGUCCCUUUGUGUUUUGCGUCGGCUGUCGUCUUUUUUUUUGUUUUUGACAGAAAUUGUGGCGUGGGGCGAUCAAAGACCCCCUUUUUUGUGUCUUUGUGCUCUUUUCUUUUUUUUUUUUUUCCUUGCCGGUGGUGGGGCGGUGAAUGGCAGGCGCAUCCUCGCCACAUUUACAAACACGCACGGAGAGAAGGAAAGGAAUCCGUCCAACGGCGCAUGUAUCGAUGCCGCUCUGCACACAAACUGUUGGAGCUUGACGCGGCGUACCACCUUUUUGCGUGGCCCUGUCGCACCGUCGUGGAUCUUGCGGCUGCACCAGGGGGGUUUGCGCAGGUGGCAUUGCAGCGAAUGGCGUGUACAUCUCUCCCCACUUCCACGGAGGACGUACGGCCGGUGGUGAUUGCCUUUGAUCAGCGCCCCAUUGAACCCAUGGAGGGGCUGUUCUCUGUUAAAUGCGAUGUGAACGAUCACCCACGUGUCAUGGCGUACACGGCCCGGCUGUUGCGUACAUUGCAGGGUGAGAAUGAAACCCAAAGGAAAGACGUGCAUGUCGUCCUCCACGAUGGGGUGUCUGUUGUGAAGGGACAGUCUUUGUUUUCCGUGACAUAUGGUCAAAACCAAAUGGCAUUGGGGGCUUUGCGACUUGCCGGGUCUUUUUUUGCCUUGCAUACCCAUCACACGUCCGCACGACGUCUUGCAUGCGGAGAUGUAAAGCACCACGAUGACAAUAACCGAUCGACAAGGAAGUUUAUUACAAAGGCCAUGCAUUCCUCCCACUUUAACACGCUACUGGAGGCGUGCCAACUCUACUUUUAUGAUGUGCACGUUCAUAAACCCUCCGAGUGUAAGCCGGAGAGUUUGGAGACGUACAUUGUGGCACGAGGUUUCUCUGCACGAAGGUGGCUGCUGGAGGAAAAACGGGCGAAGGACCUGCACCCACGCUUGAGCCUUCCGCCUCGCCGAGAGGAUGUGGUUUCUGGGCGGCAAAUGAUGUGGCGAUGUUGGGGCUGUCGUGAGGUUCGCUUAGGGACAUCACCGUGUCCAUUGUGUUCUGCUGGGCUUUAA